GUAGAGAAACUGUACCCGAAGGUCAGCGGCCCGGUGUCGACGGGCACACGAAUACUGUCGCCAUUCAUCCAAUGGGAUCACUCAAAGUCCUAUCGGUUGACCAAAUUUCCCGAUUAUUUCAAUUUUCUCAACAGUCGCGAAGACGAGUCCUAUACCAUUGACUUUAUGGACAACAACGACCAGUACGUACGCGACCACUGUAUCGAUGGUAGAGUCUUAGUGCCGGCCACCGGGUAUCUACUGUUCGCGUGGCGAUCGUUGGCCUUUCACAUGAAGAUCGGAUACCAGGAGUUCCCCGUAGAGUUCCGGGACGUGCAGAUACUGCGGGCCACACCCGUGCCGGCCAAUGGCAAAGUCAAACUCUACGUCAAUCUGGACCCACACACCGGCCGUUUCCACAUUGUCGACAGCGGCACUAUUGUGGUCAGCGGUACCGUACGGGCCAUCACUGAUGGUCAACCGCUGCGAUACGAGUCGGUAUUCAAUGAGAUCCAAUCCAUGGCCGACGAAACGGGCGCUAAUUCUCCAAUUCGUAUGCAAACCAAAGACGUGUACAAAGUAUUGAGAACCCGGGGCUAUAACUACGGCCCGGAGUUUCGGUGCAUUACCGGCGCUCACGAGUGUCGGGACACGUAUGUCGUGGCGGGGAUCGAGUGGCGCCAGAAUUGGGUCACGUUUUCCGACUGUUUGCUCCAGACGUACAUUCUUGGGAUCGCUAGCUUCCGACACUGCGCCGGUUUGGAGAUACGUGGAGUGCGGGCCAGUCCUCUACAGAGGAAUGUCAAGUCCCAGAAGCCGGCGCUCAGGAGCUACGGAUUCGUGGCGUUUGACGAGUACUUCACGCACGAGCGUCAGAAGGCAUUCCUCGAGUAUCAGCGCCGGUGCGACGAAUUGGCGCUAAACGCGGCCAAUGGCCGCACAAUUAGCGGACAACAGUCGGAUCAGUCGUGUGACACAACAGUCGCACAACUCAUGAGUGAAAUAACUGAAGAAUCCCAGACAUUUUGCAAAAUACUGACCGCUUUAAGCGAUGGCAAAAGUGGCGCAAAUUUGGCUCAAGAGUUGGAUCAAGACAUCCAGUGCUCGUCGUAUGGCGAACGCAAUUAUCUUCGCUCUCAACUGACAAUCGUUACCGAAAAUCGCAACGAAUUGAGUGGUAAUCGCGUGGAUGUGUUGGAAGUGAAUGAGAGCUCAGUGCCAAUGUAUGGCACAGUUAUGUCGGCUAUGGAUAUAUUGCAGUACAGUCUCGACAUUCACUAUGUUUUGAUGCAAUCAAAGCGUAAGACUAAUUACCAAGAGGUGGACACAAAGGCGUAUUCAAACACUUACACUCUUAACGAUUCCUGUGUUGGACCCGAUGUGAGCGAUAACGCCGUCGAUCUGAUUGUCUAUAAGGAUCAAAGUCUGUGCCAUUUGGCCGCCGAAGACACUGUUAAUGAAGAUAUCGAUACACUGUUUGCGAGUUUUUGGCAAAAACUGGCCGAAAAUGGCUUCUUAUUGAUUGUGUUGAAGAAUAAGUGGAGUUUUGCCGAGAAAUACAUACGGAAUGAGUUGGCGCUCAAACGGUACGACCAGAUGGCCAUCAGUCGGGACGCGACGGUCACGAGUGCUGUCCAACGAAUCGGCUUUCGUCUGGUCUCCCAUAAGAGCGACUGUUUCUCCGUUCACUCCCUAUUGUAUCGCAAGAUAAUCAGCGAACCAUCGAUUGGGAAACAGAUAUUCAUCGACUUUACCAACAAUUACCGGACUUGGUUGCAGAGUUUUCAGCGAGAGUUGAGUGGCAUCGGCGACAAACCCGUGGACCAGAAUAUAUGGUUAGUGGCCAACGGGUCGGCUGAGGGUCUGUUGGGUUUCGUGAAAUGCAUACGAAAGGAGCCGAACGGACAUCGGGUCCGAGCGCUGCAGAUAAUGGACACGAGUGGUGGCGACGAGCGCCAGAAGCCGAGGGCCGCCCUAUUGGACAAAACAAACGCCGUGUUUAACGAUAUCAUCAAAAAUGAUUUGGCCAUUAAUGUGGUCAGCGGUGGCCAAACGGACGCGACGGAUCUGUUGCGGAACAAGACCUUCGACGGCAUACAAGUGGACACACUGUUCGCCGUGAAUGACAAGACAUCGCCGAAAAUGUUGAGAGACAGGGAGAAGAUAUGGGAUCUGAUUCGCGACGGUAUCGGCGCCGGUGUUGUGCAGCCCCUGAACCGCACGGUUUACGGCCACCACCGGUGCGAAGAGGCCUUUCGUUUUAUGGCCAGCGGUCGACACGUCGGCAAAGUUGUGGUCCGCAUCAGAGAUGAAGAGCCCUCUCAUCACACCUUCGAGUUUACGCCCAUUAAAAUGGCGGCCAUUCCUCGCACUGUAUUCUUCGCCCACAAGACGUAUGUAAUGACUGGCGGUUUGGGAGGAAUGGGUUUAGAGAUCAUCGAUUGGAUGGUCGAGAGGGGGGCGCAGAGGUUUGUGGUCACCUCGAGAUCGGGUCCCAAACAGCCGUAUCAGUACUCGCGGCUCAAACACUUCGAAGACAGUGGCGUUCAGAUCGUUGUGUGGACACAAGCGAUCGACUCGGAGAGCGGCGCCCGGGAACUGAUCGCUGAGGCCAUGACAUUGGGUCCAAUCGGCGGUAUAUUUCACUUAUCGCUUGUCUUAAGCGACGGUAUUGUCGAGAAUCAGACCAUCGAGUCGUUCGACAAAGUGUUUGAGCCGAAGUCGAAACCACUCGUCCAUUUGGAUGAGUUGUCGCGUCACUCGUGUCCCCAAUUGGAUCACUUCGUGGUGUUCUCGUCGGCGGUCACGAGUCUGGGAAACGGCGGCCAAAGUAACUACGGCUUCACGAACUCAGCGAUGGAGCGGCUGUGCGAACGCCGGCGACGCGACGGCUGCCCAGCGCUGGCCGUCCAGUGGGGUCUCGUCGGUGAUGUCGGUUACGUCGCCGACAACAUCACCGCCGAUGACUACGUGUUGGGCGCCACGCGUUCCCAACGCAUGUACUCAUGCCUACAGACGUUGGAUCAGUUGCUUCAGUCCGAUGUGACCAUCGCGUCGAGCGUUGUGUUCAACGAUGAGAGCCGUCGCGCGGUCACAGUUGGCGACCGAAAGGAUCUGUUGACAACUGUGUGCCACAUAUUGGGUCACAAAGACUUUCAGAAGUUUGAGCCGAAGACACGACUGUCCGAACUGGGAAUGGAUUCGCUGAUGAGUGUGGAGAUCAAGCAGACCAUCGAAAGGGACUUCGAGUUGGUUUUGUCCACUCAGGAGAUCCAGAACUUGACGAUUGAACGCAUUCGACAGAUGGACACAACGCCGGCCAAUGGGGUCGGAGGCAAGACAUCGGCUGUACCGGCGGUCACUCGUGAGGCGGCCACCGAUGACAACAACAACGCCGACCCGACUGUUGUCCUGUCGGCCAACGAAAGUGUCUUCAAAAUACCGAAAGAGAGUGUCGUUUAUCUGAAUGGCGUAAAAGAGGGCCGAAAAGUGUUUUACUUACCGCCGACUGACGGCACGUACCAUCUGUUCGCUCCGGUGGCCACUCGUCUGUCACGACCCGUGAUUGGUCUCAAUUGGACGGAAGAGUGUCUUCAGUUGGCGACCAUUCGCGAGACGGCCCAACACUUUCUGGACGUAAUUCACCGGCAGUUUGGCGACCAAUUGGACGCCGGGUUUGAUUUGUGCGGCUAUUCGUACGGCGUGUUCGUCGCCUACGACAUGUGUCUCGCGCUCCAGACGUGUGGCCAUCGGCGGCCAUAUCCGCCACCAAAGCUCAUAGCGCUGGACAUGUGUCCGAUUCAGGCGCGCGACGAUAUGGCCGUCUCGUUGUCGGCCACGAGACACAUAUUCAACGGCGACGAAGAGUUGGGUCUAAUGUUUAUGUUUCUGAUGGACAAGAUAUCGAUUCAGUCGCAAGAGUUGAUCCAAUCGGUGGCCGACGUGGAGGCGAGUGGACGCGCGGAAGCGGUGGCCAAACUGUUCAUCGACCGCAUCGUCGUCGGUGAUCGUCCGCACGGGUUGUCUUCUGUGGCACUAAAUGAGGUGAUGUUUGCGGUGGAGUCACACGUGCGGAAAGUGCGCCAAACGAUGGCCUACGGCGGCGGCGAUGGACACCGUUUGGACGCCGAUGUGUUGCUGUUGCGCGCGGAUCAGCAUCUGGUCCGCGGCGAUCACACCACACACUUCGUGGCUCACGAUUACGGUUUCCAAGAGGGGUGGCCAUCGCUGGCCGGAAGUGAUCGAUGGAUCCGAUGGUCACAGAUAUACAGCUCUUAUGCGUUAAUUACUGGCAAAUGUAUUGUUCACAAACUCGAUGGCAAUCACACAAAAUUUUUGGCCAAUAACCCGAUGGACAUCAGCCGAUACAUACAACUAUAUCUUCAGUCUAACCACUAU